UUAUAAUUAAUUUUAUACGAGGGAUAUACGGUAUUUAUAGAGAAGAAAACGGUGUUUCUGUAUUCAGUUAAAAAAUACACGCGAAAACCGACGUUUUAUAAUAACGAAGCUUUUACUUAGUUUUCUACAAGUUUCCCGGAAUAUUUUUCGAAAUUUCUGGAUAUCUGCAACAAAGUGGUGACGAUAAAUGGUCGAGAUACAUGGAGAUGCCACUCCAUUAAGUAGUAGUAUACAAUUUCCCAUUAAAAAACAAGAUAAUGUUUGGAAUCCUGUCACAAAGGACAAUUAUGGGAUAGGCAACCUCCAACGUAUCCUUCGCCGUGAUUAGAACAUCACCACGUAAAUUACGAUGAAAGAAAGACAGUAAAGAAGUUUUUAUUUAUGUUUUGCAUUAUUUCUUUCUCUCGUGAAUCAUUAUAUCUGGUCAACGAGGUACAUAAUUCGGUUAUUUAUUUGACUAUUUGACAUUUGACUAUUCUAAAUUUGAUUAGAUAUAUCUAUUACCAUUACUAAGUUUUUUAUCUUAUAUUUUGUCACUUUUCUAUUAAUAAUUGUUGUUUUUUCGUGCUUUGCACCUUCUUUUUCCAACUUUAUUGUAACACACUGUAUUUCAUAUCGUGUUAUUAUCGUCUACGAAUGCUAGACGUUGAUCUAGUUUUUCCAAUAUCAAUUGCAGAUUAUAAAAAUCAUAAUUAUACCUGCCACACUUUCUACAACUCAAUAUUAAAUUAUAAAACGUAAAUAGACGAGUAAAAUGUAUCUACUUGUAAGGGCGUUUGGUUUAAACAGGCUACCAGACGUGACCUGAGCCCUUUUUGUACCCCAGCCGUCCAUUAGAACUUCGGUAGUCUUUUUAUUCGUUUAUAAACAUGUAUAAUUGUAUCCUGGAUAAUCUGCUACCUUUUGCUGUAUUAAUUUUUCGGUUCUUUGAAUGAUCCACGGCAACCCCUUUCGUCACUGCUCGAUAAAUGGAAAAUUUAUUUAUUUUAGUUGAUUCAGCAGUUGCAUUAUUAGAUUGCUACAAUGUGCAAUUUCUUUGUCUUAAGAACGCCAUAAUUUUAUUUAUUUAAAGAAAUUUAUGAAUCAAAUUAAUCUCACCAAGCCACGCCACUGCUUAUCGCAGACUUUGCGGCAGGAAUAUUUCGAAGAAAUUGUGUACAUACGCCUUCCGACGGCUUCGGCAAAUAGAAAUGCAUUUAUGUUUACGAUUCGAUGUUUCCAUUGGUAAACAGUGAAGAUGAUGAGUCCACGUGGACUGACUGACUAAUUUUAUACAUUUUUCUUAAUUUGGUAUAUUUUUUUAUUGUCAGAUUUCUCCGUUUUUCAUUAUUUGCUCCAACCUUAGCCUUUGAAUGUACUGCUUUGCCUUUUGCUAUUUCUAGUGUCAUCUGUCAUACUUUACUUUACAAUAUAUAUUUAAAACUAUCAACAAUCAUCGUACAAGUUACUUUUUCUCACCCUGUAUAUGUAUAUUAUAUAAAUCGAAUCUUCUUUCAACUAAUACAAUCAUUACUUUCGAAAAUUUAAAAUUUUUUACAGAUUUUAUAACAAAUUUCUGUUUGUUUUUUAUAUUCGCUUAAUCUUCGUACCCAUUGCCAGGUCUGGCAACGUUGCUUAAAUAUGAUUUUCUACUCAACUGAUGACAUUCAUCAAUUUUCAUAGUUUACUAGUGAAAGUUACAAAAAGUGAUUUCGGUAAAUGUGGAAUAUCGAUUAAGUUAUUAAAUUUAUAAAUCAGAAUAAUGAAAGAAGCGGUAAUACAUAUCUCAACAGCGUUACGGGUAAAACGUAAUUAUAUUUCAAUGUUACCGUUGCAUGUAAUCAUUAACUGAUAAGACUUGUAACAUAACCUACAAACCGAAGUUAUCUACAAAAUGAAACAUACAGUUUUGUGUCGUUAGAUUUUUCAGUACGAAAAAAUUAUUGUAACAAUAAUAAUUAUUGAAAACAAUCGAUUAGAUUUAGAACUAAGUUGAUUAUUUGAAUUUCUAACGGCGGUCAGUUACCCAGAAUAAAAUCCGAGACAAAGAUAAGGAGAUUCAAGGAUGCAGGAUGACGCCACAAAAUGUACAAAUUUAGUUAUCCGAAAAAAAAGUUUUCUAUUCUUAUUGGGAUUAUAGUUUUAACGGUAAUUGGUCUAUUGAUACAAAUAGAUACGAUUCGUUAUCCAGAAAAUAACGAAAACACAAAAAUAUUAUAUAAUAUUCAAUCAGAUACAGUUAAACAAUGGCGGAAACUUCGAGAGAAUUUAACGAAUCUUUCGAAUUUGGGGCGAAUCUUAUUUUUGGAAGAGCAAGAACCAGUAAUUAAAUCCACUAAGAAACAUCAAAUAUUGAUUUGGAAAUAUGGUCCUACUAUAGAAAAGAGAUUAAUGAUGAAUUUCUCGAAUGAAUGGGUAGAUCCUUUCAAGAAAUGCCCCGUAAAAAAUUGUGAUAUUACUUAUAAGGAUACAAAUAUAAAAACAGCGGAUAUAGUAUUAGUUCAUUUGCAUAGAACGAAAAAUCCGAAAGAACUACCUCCGAUGAGAGGAAAGCCUGAUCAAAUUUGGGCUUUUCUAACAGAAGAAAGUCCUCAUCACACCUUUUUACGUCCUGACAAAAAUAUUUCCAUCGCAAGUUUUAACGGAAUUUUCAAUUGGUCCAUGUCUUACAGAAUGGAUUCCGAUAUUCCAGUACCAUACGGUAGGACGAUUAUUAAGAAGCGCCCCGAACAAGUGGAUUUUCAUUUAGAAAAACGAAGAGAUGUUCUGGUAGCCAUUUUAGGAUCGAACUGCGGUAGUAAAAACCAUAGGUGGGCCUACGUGAAAGAACUCAAGAAGUAUAUAGAUGUCGACGUAUAUGGUGCAUGUGGGACAUUGAAAUGUCCUGGUCACUUCAGAAAAGACUGUCCCGAUUUAGAAAAGUAUCUGUUCUAUUUAUCUUUCGAAAAUUCAAACUGUGACGAAUACAUUACGGAAAAAGUUUGGUGGAACGCUUUUCACAAAAAAAAUUCCAUCCCUAUAGUCAUGGGUGCAAACCGGGCGGAUUAUAGGAGAAUUCUACCACCAAAUUCUUACAUAGACAUAGACGAAUUUGCGAAUCCAGCAUCUUUAGCGCAAUAUCUACUUAGACUAAACAGAACCGACGAAUUUUUAAAGUAUUUCCAAUGGAAAUCGCAUUUCGAAAUAUUAAACGAACACGGGUAUUUUCAAAGUCAAAAUUUUCACUAUUGUCGUGUUUGCCAGGCUUUAAAUUACAACGAGAAAAAACAUAAAGUUUAUGAUAACUUGGAGAAACAGUGGGAUCCCCAAAAUGUGUGUUAUCCUGCUUGGAAUUCGAAAUAAUUAAAAUACAUUUUAGGCCCACAGCAUGGAAGUGAUUUUUAAUUCUCCAAGCUUAAAGAAAAUAUUUAUUUAACAAUAAUGAAGGGGCUACAGGACUUUUUAUAUUGUGUAUUUGAGGUUAUGUAUCCCAAAAAUAGCCUUUUUGAUUACUUCCGUACAGUUUCUGAGUCUACUAAUUCUGAAAUAUAUAAAUAUGUGAUUCAAAUUUGGGAAAAAUGUAUCUAAUUAUAAGAAUGUAAUGUAAUGAGAUGGUUCAAAACAAAAAAUCUUGUUUUUAGCACUGUUAGAUUAAGAUAAAACGGCUCUAAACGUGCUACCGCUCGAUUUAAAUCGAAUAAAGAUAAAAAAUACAAAGAUUCCAUUUCAUUUGAUAUGAUUCCUUUGUUAAAUCACACCUAUUCCUCGGAGAAAGUUUAAAGUUCAAACAGAUUUGACCUUCAUAUGCGAACUGGGGGAAUUCAUAUGCAUAAACAAAUAUGAUGGAUGCCAAAAAACGUAUCAGUUUAAUUUUUAUAUGUACCCAAAAUAACUUGCAUAAUGAGAAUAUAAAUUCCCGAAAAUUGCUGGUAACAUAUCCAAUAACCUCUAGAAUGUGGUUAAACAUUUCUGGUAACAUUUUAAAGCUCUCAAAAUGAAAUUAGUCAUAAAGAAAAUCAUAAAUUGUAAGUUAAAUUCUCAAUUACAUCCAUUUUUUAGUAUGACACCACGUAAUUCCUAUUUGUUGGAAGAUUGUUAUAAAUUAAGCAUUUCUUUGAAUUCAUUUAUAUGUUCAAACAUCAUUUAAUUCAUUAUUUUGAUUUAUUGACUGACUGAACAAAAAGUAAUAAGCUUAGAAUAAGUUGUUAUGUAUAUCUUAUGGUGGUUAUCAAGAACGAUGGUGACGAUGGAGAAGAUCUAGAAGAAUAACAAAGGGAAGUGAACAAUUGGAAGCUGUGAAUGUGAUAAUAAGUUCCAAAAAAAUCUCCUGAAAGGUGAAGCUACAUCUGUAGAAAACAAUAAGAUCAAUGCCAGAUUUUAGAACAACAAAAAUGAUGGAUAUAAACAAAAAGAAGAUAUAGAGGUGAUGAAAGACCUAAGAGAGAGAGAGAGGAAUUAAGGAAAAACGAAAGCAAAAAAGUAGGAAGAAGUAGAAGUGAAUCACUUACAAGCUAUAGUCUUAAAAGGCUUACAUGUAGUACCUAAAUAUAUUUUUUUUGCAAAUGUGUUCUUUUUCUAUGUUUUAACUACAAUACUUUAUUGUGUUUUGUAUAACAGAAACCUUGAGAUCCUAUAAAAAAUUCGAUUGUAUGCUAAUUAAUUUCUAAAUCUAGAAUAUAUUUAUCAAUUACA